AUGACCCUCGUGUUGAGGUGCACUACAACAUUGCAUACAACAAACUGCAUGUUUACUCCAUACACAACCAAAUUCCAAGCAUUCGUCGUGUACCACAAACCAGGAGCAACCAACUGUAGCGCCCCAUCCACCCCAGCUCAUGCACACCUCACAGACCGCCGAUUGAACUACAACUACGGUGACAGGAUUACUGUAACUUGCAAUACCAGCUCGGAUAGCUUCACCAUUCAGUGCCACAACAAGGGACUAUGGAGUGGACCCCACAUCUCAUGUCCUGCACCUGCAUAUGCAGUCGGUCUUCCAGAUCUUCCAGCCAAAUGUAGCGCUCCUUUAAUUCCGAGGUACUCCGCGAUUCAAUCACUUCAGUUGAGCUAUAACCAUGGGGAAAGUGUGACUGUACAAUGUGACAAUAGCAGUGUUCAACCCUUUACACUUCGAUGUAAUACCACAGGGUUAUGGAUUGGCCAUAUGCAGCAGUGUCCUCCGCCAAUUGCAGAGCCGGUACGAUGUAACAGUCCGUACAUCCCGAGGUAUGGGUCAAUUGAUAACCUUCGUCUGGACUACAGUGUUGGCGCCAGUGUAAGAAUCACAUGUGACAACAGUACAGACAGCUAUAACAUUCGGUGUAACUCUGACGGAUUCUGGACGGGAAGCGUUCUUUCUUGUCCGGCACCAAUUAUAGACCCAGAGAAAUGCAGCGCCCCUUAUGUUCCAAGGUAUGCAACAAUCCAGGGCCUCAAAAUGAGCUACGACUUCAAUGAACGAAUAACCGUAACGUGCGACAACAGUACUACACAGUUUACCCUCAGAUGUGACGUGCAUGGCCUUUGGAGCGGUCCAGUGGUGUCUUGUCCAGAACCUUACAGACCCCCUACAAGGUGCAACGCUCCUAGCAUUCCAAGAUAUUCAUCAGUUCAGAAUCUUCAAGCAUCUUACGACCUUGGCUUCAGGGUAAAUGUAAGAUGUGAUAACAGCUCGGUUCAAUUCGCACUCAGAUGUCGCACAGGUGGACUCUGGGAGGGACAGGUAGCAAAUUGCCUGACACCUAUAGCAAAACCGAUACGAUGUAACAGUCCGUACAUCCCGAGGUAUGGGUCUAUUGAUAACCUUCGUCUGGACUACAGUGUUGGCGACAGUAGCAGGAUCACAUGUGACAACAGUGCAGACAGCUAUAACCUUCAGUGCAACUCUGACGGAUUCUGGACGGGAAGCGUUCUUUCUUGUCCGGCACCAGUUGAAGCUCCGGAGAAGUGCAGCGCCCCUUACGUCCCAAGGUAUGCCACAAUCCAGGCCCUGAGGAUGAGCUACGACUUCAAUGAACAAAUAACCGUAACGUGUGACAACAGUACUACACAGUUUACCCUCAGAUGUGACGUGCAUGGCCUUUGGAGUGGCCCAGUUGUGUCUUGUCAAGAACCUUACAGCCCUCCAGAGAAUUGCAGUGCCCCGUACGUCCCAAGGUAUGCAACAAUCCAGGGCCUCAAAAUUAGCUACGACUUCAAUGAACGAAUAACCGUAACAUGUGACAACAGUACUUCACAGUUCACGCUCAGAUGUCACACCCAUGGCCUAUGGAAUGGCCCAGUAGUGUCUUGUCCAGAACCUUACAGACCCCCAGUGCAGUGCAGCGCCCCUUACGUCCCAAGGUAUGCCACAAUCCAGGACCUCAAAAUGAGCUACGAUUUCAAUAAAAGAAUAACCGUAACGUGUGACAACAGUACUAUACAGUUCACCCUCAGAUGUGACGCGCAUGGCCUUUGGAGUGGUCCGGUGGUGUCUUGUCCAGAACCUUACAGACCCCCAGUGCAGUGCAGCGCCCCUUACGUCCCAAGGUAUGCCACAAUCCAGGACCUCAAAAUGAGCUACGACUUCAAUGAAAGAAUAACCGUAACGUGUGACAACAGCACUACACAGUUCAGCCUCAGAUGUGACGCGCAUGGCCUUUGGAGCGGCCCGGCGGUGUCUUGUCCAGAACCUUACAGACCUCCCGUAAAAUGCAGCGCACCAUACGUUCCACGAUAUGCAACAAUUCAAAAUUUUCAAAUGAGUUAUGACUAUAGUGAUAUAAUCACUGUGACAUGUGAUGGAAGCACCACUCAGUUUAUCAUACAGUGUGACACAAACGGUCUAUGGAAAGGACAGGCAGUAGAUUGUCGAGAACCUCCACAAGUUCCAAGACAAUGCAAUGCUCCUGCUAUCCCAAGAUAUUCAAGUAUUGAGGGACAACAAUUGGUCUAUAAUGCUAAUGACGAGGUAGUUGUAUCCUGUGACGGAGGUAGUUCUCAGUUCACCCUUCGAUGUAACAAUGCUGGAAUAUGGACUGGACCUACCAUCGUUUGCCCUGCGCCUGAUCCGGGUGCCACUCAUCAAACCUUCUGUAGUGCUCCGGUCAUUCCCCGUCAUUCAACCAACCAGAAUCUUCGUCUCUCAUACAAACCUGGCGAUAGGGUUAACGUGACAUGCGAUGAAGAUCAUAGUUCCUUCCUCUUGGUAUGUCGAGAAGGGUUAUGGAUUGGACAAAACAUAGUGUGCGAGGAACCAGAUGUAGAAUGCGACCCACCAAUCAUACCAGCUGUUUCAUCUGUCAAAAAUUUAAAACCUCGCUACAAGGUUGGCGACGAGGUCAACGUUACUUGCAACGGCGACUCUGAUUGGUUCAUUUGGGAAUGUCACCGGGAUGGCAAAUGGCGGGGAAGUGCCAUUGAUUGCCCUAUUCCAAGACCAUCCCUUGGCCAUGUUAGAACCGUUCCAGGAAAUACUGCAGAUAGAAAAGCUGAGAAUGAGAGCACAGGUUUCUUAACUACGGCCCUGCUUGUAACUGCGCUGAUCGUUUUCGUUUUGGUGCUGAUGUCAAUGGCAGGUCUCUCUAUCUUCGUGAAACGUCGGGUCCGUUCAUCCUCAAACGAAUACCUGCAUGAUAAAAGUGCUGACCGGGGACCACUCCCCGACGUCCCAUCGGGUUACGCAGGUUACAUUGCAGGUGACAAGUCAUUGUACACGGAACCCUACCUCAAACCAGACCGCAACACUCAUAACUACGAGGACUAUGAUACCCCACGUUAAGCUAUCUUGCUCGAAUCGGCAUUGGCAAUGACGAUACAUUGUACGAAAAGAUAAAGAAGAAUGACAAAAAACAUGAUUACAAAACGGAAUAUUUACACAAAGAAACAUAAAUGAUA